AUGGCAUCUUUCGAAUUGGCGGUGACCUUCCUCGCCAGGAAGCUGCAGUUCAACGCACAGGAAUGCGGGCAAAACGUGAUUAUAGCGCCGGCACAGACAUUUAAAAAAUAUCGCAUAGAACAUGGCUCUGCAAUGCUGGUGUCGGACACCAGCGGCAGCCGAGUGGUUUGCGCUCAGCUGCGCAACGCCGUGGAGUACGGGAUGGAGUAUACGUUUCUCAAGGCUCCCAAGAUGCUGGCGUCGGAGGAGCUUAUUCUGAGCCUUGGGGCUGCUGCCAAUACGCCAAUCACCCUAAAGUUCUCGCCAUGUGGGCAGGUGCCCGUGGCGGCAAGCAUGACGAUGACGUACAUGGAGCACUUCGACAAUAAGCUUUCCUCUUGGAAAUUUGCUGGGGCCCAUGAGGAAGACGCUGGCAACGCCAAAGAUGGCAAAGGCGAUCCCUCAUUUCAUCGCAAAUAUAUGGAUUGGACCCACUCCGACGGUGCGGGUGAUAAUGCGUUCCCAACCGCCAGGUGGUGGUACUCGUUCCUGAAGGGGGAGAUGAACCGUGUUGCACAAAUGAGUGUUUUAGGCGGCACUUUUGCGCAAGGAAACGUAGUGGCGCUUAACUUGAGAGGCGUACUUGGGAGGUUCAAGGUGGCAGACAUAGGCCAUGAUGGCAAAAAGGUGGCGAAAGUUGGCAGGGUCACCGAAUCCACACAGCUAAUGUUAAAGCUGCCUAGAAACGAACACUAUUCGCGGCCAACGCGAAACCUCCAGAAGACGCAGAAGCUGGAGGGGCUCCGGGAGCCCCUAGACACGCUUCGGAAACAUGUGGUGUAUCCCCUGGUUUACAGUGAAAAAUACGCUGCCAUGGGUAUAUUGCCCCCAACAGGUGUUAUUCUCCACGGCCCUCCGGGGUGUGGGAAGACAAUGAUAGCGAAGGCGAUGCGCGAAGGGUUCGGUGAGCUUUUCGGCAUCACGGAACAAGUGGAUGUGGAGGUUAAGCUGGUCCAGUCCAGCGACCUCAUCAGUUCAGUGGUAGCCAGGACCGAAGAAAAUAUAGCGGAUUUGUUCAAGUCGUGCGAGAAGGUGGCGAAAGAAAAGCCGUGUAUAUGCUUCAUAGAUGAAAUUGACGUACUGUGCCGCAAGAGGGACGGUUCCACGGAAUUUAACAUGAGGAAUGUAACGGCAUUUCUGAACCACAUGGACGGUGUAGGAUCCCAAGGUAAUAGGCAGUCGGGGCAUAGGAAUUACGUCAUUAUAGGAGCGACAAAUGAUGUGGACUCAAUGGACGCUGCGCUCAGGAGGCCGGGCAGAUUUGACGUCGAAAUAGAGGUAGGUGUGCCGAAUUCCGCUGACAGGCUUGCAAUCCUGAAAUCAAUGCUCAAAGAGAUACCACAUAAUCUUGAAGAGAAGGAUAUACUGCAUGUCAAUGAUUACUGCCAGGCGUUUGUCGGUGCCGACCUCAAGCAGCUGGUGGCGAACGCCUCAUGGGCAAGGUUGAACAAAACACACAAUCAACCUGGAACUACGGAAAAUCAUGAGAGCAAUGCUAGUAACGGUAGCAGUGAGGAUGCAAGCGCAGAUGGUUUAGAGCAUACAAAGGAUGAACAGACUGGUGGUGACGUCCCACACUGCGUGACCUUGGAGGAUUUCAAAGAGGCACUCAACAUCACCCGUCCUUCAGCACUCAGGGAGCUUUACGUGCAGAUCGCCAAUGUUAGGUGGGAGGACAUUGGAGGUUAUGACGACGUUAAGAGGAUACUCAAAGAGUGCGUUGAAUACCCGAGGACGUAUAACGAAGCCUACGAGAAGAUGCGAGUACAGACACCGAGGGGGGUACUCUUGUACGGACCCCCGGGGUGCUCCAAAACGCUCAUGGCGAAGGCUGUGGCGACUGAGAGCCACAUGAACUUCAUAUCGGUGAAAGGCCCAGAACUGUUUUCUAAAUGGGUGGGGGAGUCGGAAAGAGCUAUUAGGCAGCUGUUCAGGAGGGCGCGCACAAAUGCGCCCUGUGUCAUAUUCUUCGAUGAAAUGGACUCGAUAUCGUUCAGCAGAGAGCAUUCGGACUCGGGUGGCGUGAGCAGCCGCGUGCUCAGCCAGCUGCUCAACGAAAUGGACGGCAUCAAUUCACUCAAACAGGUACUUGUCAUCGGGGCCACAAACAGGCCCGAUCUCAUGGAUGCGGCACUGCUCAGACCAGGCAGGUUGGACCGUUUAGUCUACAUACCUCUGCCUGACAAUGAAGCUCGCAAGCGCAUAUUCAGCAUAUACCUCAAGAGGUUGCCAACCGACGGAUUUGACAUAGCGCAACAGGCGGAGGAAUUCGCUAAAUGCACAGAGGGAUAUAGCGGUGCAGAAAUCACGCUGGUUUGCAGAGAGAGUGCCAUGGCAGCCCUCAGGGAACUCAUCAAACGUAACGCGGAUGCGAAAAAGGCAUCCGUAACCAGUGUCAAUGGAGGUGACGAGAGUACAUUAGAACGUUCGUUUGGAGAACUUAAAUUGUCAAACAUUGUGCCUGUGUCAGUACGGCACGUACGUGACGCCAUCGCCCGCGUGAAACCGCGAACGAAACCGGAGACCAUAAGGUUCUACGAAGAGUACAAGGCGAAGAACCCGUUCUAG